GGAGCAGUUGACACAAUGCAACAAGUGGCAGACCUAAAGGACAUUUAUGGCGGUGUGGUGCUUGCAGAGUCCCAGCCACUGACAGACAGGGAGAUUCAGCAGGCUCUGCUGAGGGAAGUAGCAGGGUUAUCUUGCACUGGCACAGGUUCUGACUCCGAACCCUGCAGUCCCACUCGUCUUCUGCGCAACAUAGAGAGACAGAGUGCUCAGCUUAGCCAGAUCGUCAACAGUCUGAUGCCUCCUCUCGGCUUUUCACCGCUCUCAAAACAAGCUCAGGCCUGGAAAGACAAGAGUACUUUCCCAAGGGGUCAGAAAGGAGGUGAUGUUUUUGUGCCAGGGAGCUCUAAGAGAAGGAGACUGGGGAACAGGAGGCUCUUCAAGACUGAUGUGACAUGUGUGUGCGCUCGAACCCGACCCUUGGUCACCUACUACAAGCCCAGACUGUUCACUUUCAACACCUAUAACCCUGGCAGUCCACAGGAGUCAGGGAAGUCCACCCUCUCCCCUUCUCUCUCAUUGUGUUCCUGUUCAUGUUGCUCCUCUUGUGAUCCUGUAGUCCUAUGUUCUGAUCCUGACUGCAGCUCCAGUUGGGCCUUGUCCUCCAGGAACCCCAGCUCCAGACCUCACCCUGUGUUGUCCCUUUCAUUUGACACUCCUCUGUCCCACCACUUACACAGAGCCCUGGCCAGAGAAGAAUGGUCCCAAAGGCCUUUAGUCAUCAAUGCUCAUUCACCCACUCCAGCUCACUACAACAGAUGCAGCUCCACACCACUGCACAACAGCCACAAAAUCAAACAGCAUACAAGGCAUCAUAAAAGAAGAGUAAUGGGCCUGUCGCCUAUCAGGAUAGCAAGCUCUGCUCAGAUUCAGCACAGGAGAGUCAAUCAGAUGAAGAGGAAGAGAAGACGCAUCCACAGGCUGAUAGAAGACGAGGAGGACAUCCUAUACCAGUUCUGUGACCUAGAGGACAGUUCAGAUGAAGUGCUGGAGGAGAGCUACACACAGGUUCCAUGCAAACAGGCCUCUCGGGGCUUUGUUCGCAAACGCCAGGGCGAGAGUGUGUACAACAUCAACAACAUUGUCAUGCCCAUGUCUCUGGCUAAAGUGGAAAAGCUGCAGUACAAAGACAUCCUGACACCUAGUUGGCGGGUGGUUGACACCCAGUCUUUUGUGGAGAGCGAGACAGACAGAGAGUGGGACCGUGAAGAGGAGCAGGUUGAGGAUCUUAGAGAUAAAGUCUUUGCCCAGAGACACUCUGCUUUGGAGCAGAGGGAGAAAUUGCGCUGGUCAUCUUGGGGAAAGAGAAAAUGCUGCAGGCGUUCUACAAGGUCUGGCAGCAGGUUGUCAGGCAGUGGGGGCGGGAUGUGCACGUCAGGAGAGGAGAGUUCAGUGGAAUGGAGCGCCGCUCUGCUGGAUACUGAUGAACAGCCAGGCUCGGAGGAGCAGCUGCCUCAGACACCCUGGGAGCCACGAGUGUUUCCUUUGGAUGAGGAAGAAGCCCUGCUUUCUGAUCAGUUAGAAAAAAUCUCAUCGGGGCAGUCCGAGUCUAGUUCCUCAUCCUCCACCUCAAAUAACUCCCAACUCUCCCUAGCUCAGACUUCUGGUGCCACACUGCCCUCUGGUGGACAAGGCCGGGGUGUUACACCCGGUCACAGCUGAGGGAGCAGUGCCUUUUUUCAUAUCUCCUUGUGUCUGGAGCCA